AAACAUGUCCAGAUUGAGACCAAGGCCGCGUGUGCGCAUUUUUGCUGCCAAUUUACCACGGUGGCAUCUGGCUUGAAAGGCGGUUUCUCUUCCUUUCUCCCGCCUGCCUCCUCACCCUUGUGACGGCCAGGCUAUUUUUUGCACAUCACUGCGUCCUUUGAACAAUGGAUCAUCUCCAUCAAGGCAAAGUCACAUCCGACUAUCGCGGCAUUCGUUGGCAUAAGUGCAACCGGAAAUGGGAAGUGCAAAUUAAAUACCGGGGAAAGAAACUCUCCUUGGGGUAUUUCGACGACGAGUUGGUCGCCGCGCAAUGCUACGACCGCCGCGCCAAGGAGCUUUACGAAACGCCCCUUUUAAAUUUCCUGCCAGGAGGAAAACUCAAUCCCGAGAGGAAACGACGCGUGGAUCCUCGAAGCUUGAGGCCACGGCGCAUCCCUCCUCCUUGGUGCGCCGAUAAGUUUGUCCCCCUUCCGCCCGAGUCUGCGGACAGCGAGGCUCCCCGCCUGCGUGUGCUGAUCCCGCGCGAGGGAGGGCGGGGGACU